CCGAGGUCAUACGCACCAUAAAUAAUUUUGCUGUUUAUUUGUUUACUACAAGGACAGAACAAGCGUCCAGCAAAAAUUAAAAAUGGCGAGAAAGAAGCGACGUGACUAAAAAUGUGGAAGAAGAACGCCAAAGAAUUUCUAAAAAAACGUUUGAUAGAAGGAGAUCAUUGGAGAUAUUUGCACCACUGCAAACGACAGCGUAAAGUAUUAUAUUCCGACUCGAGACGCACACCAAUGUCUAUUUCUCCAAUGUGUAGUUGUCAGCAGAGAAAUGCUUGGCCAUCGCUUGUUUUGCUUACAAAAUCAGACGAAGUGGUUCUCAACGGAAGAAAUAGAAAAAGAUUUCCAGAUCCAGUUCGUGACAGAUCUGUUUUGUUAGCUUGCUUUGAUGCUGACAAGAAAAUGUUAAAGUUGCGACAUUGUUCUAAAGUGGAUACCGUCAACACAAAUUCUUUAGUUUACAAGAAGCGAAAUGACAGUGCACUAACCGACUUCGAUUUACAAAACGAAGAAGAAUGCAUGUAUUUUAUAACUCUCGACAGCAUUGAUGUACAUAAUAGCGAAGGUAUCCUACAAAGCAUAAAUGGUUCAUGCAGCGAUAGAAAAAUAAUGCUAACAGAUGUUCGCGAGCAUACUGUAGCAGAACAAUGCUUGCCUGAGGGUGUGUCUGGCUAUUGGGUUAGAAUAUUAGGAGAAAAAGUAAAAUACACGUUAAACAUUUCUUUAUGGCAAAGUUUAUCUGAAUGUAAUAGCAAACAAUUCUUGUGCAAAUCACGAAAGCGCAAACAUUUUGAUGAUGAGGAUAUGAUGAAGAUCGGUGAGUUGGCUGUUGAUUUACUAAAUACUGGAAGCGAAAAAAAAAUAAAGCGGAGAAAACAGAAAAAGAGACCGAGUUUCCUACAAAAUAAACUCAUUGGAAAGGAUUUUAAUGGUGUAGAUCACACACCAACAUUUUGUAGCAAGGAACGGUACUUGCAAGUAUCUACCUGUUUAAGAGAGUGUGUCGAGAAUGGAAAUUUUGAGCUCUUUGAGGAAAUGUUUUCUAAAUUUGCAGAUGGACUCAGCAACGAUGAACGAAAUGAUAUUGAGCUGAAACAGUUCUUAAAUUGUGAACGCAGUCAGUUAAACGCUGUAAAAGGUGAUUUCAGGGAAGCAAAGAAAUUGUUACAGGAAGUAGUCGAUAACGUCAUUUCUAAAAGUCCAAAUAAAGUGUUUAUUUUAAACAGAGCGUACUUGUUGCUAGCUAACACGCAUUUAAUUGAAGGUAAUUAUGGCACUGCGGAGGAGUGUUUAAAUGUGUUGCAAAGGGAUAAGAAAAAUGGCAUCCCUUAUGAAGAUGUUGGUUAUUUUUAUCUAAUCUAUGGAAUUGUUGGAAUGAAUUUUGGCAAAAAGUUACCACGAAUGUCAAAAUCUCUGUUGAAAGAAAGUGAAGAGUUACUGAAAUUGGCUUUAAAUAAUUUGGAGAAGCACCCAUCUGUGUUUAACUUAUUGUGUAAAGCGCAUCUAAACAUGGCGCAGCUGCAAAUAUCCAAGUUCAAAGUAGGAUUAACAGAAGACUUGAAAGAAGCUGAAAGUAGUAUAAAGGCAGUUGAAAAUUUCGGUAUCCACAAAUUAUCUAAACACGUUCAAUGUUUGCUCGCAGUUGUUAAAGCCGAGUUAUUUUUUGCUGAGAUGAAGCACCAAGAUGGAGAUCUGUUUUUACAACAAGCGAAAGAUCAAGCAACCGCUUCGAAUUUUUACGAAGAAAAAUCUAUGUGUGAAUGCCUUCAAGAAGUUCGAAACGGUAACGCUCGUAACGAAUGUCGAAACUGUAACGUGCGUAACGAAUGUCUCGCGUGUUUUACAAAUCAGAAUUGUUCAGAACAAAAUAACAAUGAAACUUUCAGUUCAGUGGAAUAUUUUGCAGACCAAAGCUUUAGUUAAUAUCUGUUUUAAAGAUUUUUAUCUUCGAUACGUGAAGUAUUAUAUAUAUAUUUCUUCUAUCUUUUGUUUUUUUUACCAUUUUUUAUAAAUUUUUGUUUUGUUUUGUAAAAAAUCUUUAAAUAAAUUUUUUGUUUCAUAA